AUGGAUCCGGAACUAUUGAAAUAUUACCAGCAGCAGGCUCAGCAGCAAUACUACCCGGGCAUGGGCUUUGCUGGCCCACAACAUACACAGCACCAUGGCCCGCAGUAUCAAGUCUGGAAUCCGAAUACCUAUCAAUGGACGGUUCUUCAACAGCAGAGGGCAGCGAUGAUGGUGGGGCCAGGAAGCCUACACCCUUCAAAGCAAACAGAGCCCAAACCUAGGUUGGCAAAGGAUGAGGUUGAGCUGCUGGAACGAGAGUUUGCCAAAAACCCGAAGCCCAACACCAGUCUUAAACGUGAGCUGGCUGAGCAGAUGGGUGUUGAGGUCCCAAGGAUUAAUAAUUGGUUCCAAAACCGACGAGCAAAGGAGAAGCAAAUGAGGAAAACAGCCGAGUUUGAAGCACAACAAGCGAGGGAAAGAGCAGAGUCCGAAUCCAAACCUUCGGACGACCAGGACCAAGGCACCGUCACCGAGUUUUAUGGCCUAAGCAACCGCCAUCAGCCCCUUAGCCUAUCAACCGCUUCUAUCGGGAACGAGGAUGGUGCCAACAAUGAUAAAUCUGAUCGACAGCGUCCGGACCCCGAGCACUCAGAUAUGGUAUUAGCUGGAAAUGCCUCGGCUACGCAAAGCAAUGCCUCCCCAUCUGGAUCGGAUAGUGAUGGGUUCGCUCCUGCUGAUUACGACACGCCACACUCGUCCGGUUCCCGUGGAUAUGGGCUUGCCAGCCUUGCUACACCGGCAACCGUCUCGAACUCUUAUGGCUCAGCUUCGAGCCAUAUGGAGUAUCCACAGCCGGCCCCUUUUCCGUAUGGUCUGAAUCAGCUACCACGACCCGUGGAUGGUCUUCCCGUAGCCACCAUGCCACAGCAUGAUGGCUUACUUAGUGAGGCGAAUCAGUUUGGAUCUUACACCGAGCGGAGCAUGUAUAUGCACCCUUCUGAUGGGUCAUAUCCCACGCAUAUGGGAGGCCAGGAUGGAACCGGGAACGGCACUACUGAACAUCCAACGGUACGCAUGUCAAUCGAGGGUGCGAUCAACUGUGGAAGCAUGUCUCCUUCUUCCGGGACCGGUUCGUCUCCAGUGGUAGCGGACUUGCGCCUCAGGUCACCGCCUCCGCCUUCCGACAUUGCCAGCCGCAGAAACCUGCGGCGUCCAGCGCCGCUGGGGCCUCUGUCGCUUCGCACUGACUGUUCCGAAAACGGACCGAAGACGGGUAUCGACGUAGCGCCCAGGCGGAUGGACAAUGCACGAACCAUUAGGAGAAUCUCGUCCGCGACUGGAAGCUUAACGGGACGCAUACAAAAAUCCAUGACGUUGAACUUAGGAGGACCGCGCUCUCCGUUCACCAUUGAUCGAAAGAAGGAGGCCCUGCUACAGAGCAUUCAGAACGUCCAUUCCCCAAUCAUGGCGUCUCUGAACAGCGCCAUGUCCCCCAUGACCAACGGCUCGGAUGAUGAGCAGGCAUAUACAUUUGGCUCUCUUGGGACAGUUGGUGAAAUGUCCAUGCCGCCAUUCAAAUCUGAAGCUGGCAUCAAGACACCACCCGGGACGCCCGGGCUAGGUGUUAACUUCCGUGAUCCAUUCGCAUACCCGGUCCCGGCCAACAACACCUGGAAUUACGUGUCUCCGGAUGAGCCUCUACCCACCCCUGGCUUAUGCAGCAAUGGGUGUUCUGAGUUGGAUUACUCCAUGGCGCCGCAGUUGCCUGGUUAUGUUACCAGUCAGCCCGUAACUCCUUCAUUUGCUCCCGCCAUCGGACCGGCAUAUAACAACAUAUUCGGAAACAGCGGCGGAAGUCAUUUGGCUAGAAAUACCGAAUACACCUUUCCGGAGUCAUACCAACCUGAGUCUUCGUCACGGUGUUCGCCGGUUGGCCAGUUGAGGGCGAAGCAACAAUUCCAGUUUGCCCAGAAUGUUACCCCUCAGGACUUCAACAACCACGAGAAGUGA